UCAAAACAAAUUCUCUCUUCGGAACGGAACGUGAGUGGACGUGUGCGGACGCGUCGCUGCCGGAAAAAUAAGUUGCGUCGGCGUUGCGGCAUUGUUGUUUACGUGUUAAAUAAAAGUGUGUGCGGCGAGAAGGGCGCGCUCUUGUAUGUGUUGGUGUUCUCAGCGUGUGUUUCGAAAUACCGCAUUGUUUAAUUACAGCGUUACAGCCGCCGCGGCUAAUUUUCAAUGCAAACAAGAGCUGGUCUGUGAACGAUAUUAUGCUAAAAUAGAUAAUUGCCAAAGUAUGUGUUUGUUUCUGCCCUUCGUCAAUGAAUAACGGCAGUUUGCGAGGUGCGAAGUCGAAGAAGAGCAAACAACAACAAAUUGCCAUCACCUUUGUCAGCAGCAAAAGCAAAAGGCCAGAAAAAAAGCCAAAAAGCAACAACUAACCCGGCAUUGGAGGCAAAAAAACCGGAUAAAAACAAAACGCAACUGCGACGUCAGCAGCGCCGAAGAAGAGGAGCCUUGGUGGCCACAUUCCAGCGUCAUCAGCAGGCGGAGGCCGUCGCAGCCGCCAAACCCGGGUCACCAAAAUUCUUUCUUUCUCCCCCACCCCCUAAAAAAAGUUGAAACAUCAGCAGCGGAUUCUGAGCAUCAACAGAUGUAAAAACUGCUGGAGUAAUAAACAGUAUUAAAGAUCCCAAAAUGAAGCUACUUCUGGGGCUAUUGAUGAUCUGCCUGGGCCUAAGCCUGGCCAAAGGCGAGACAAAUCUGCCGCCCGUAUUCACGCAGACCCUUAACAACAUUAUCCUGUACGAGAAUGUCACUGUGGGUACAGUGGUUUUCCGGCUAGAAGCCUAUGAUCCGGAGGGCAGUCCCGUCACGUACGGGGCCAUCGGUGCCGAUCACUUUAGCGUUGACCCUGAUUCCGGUAAUAUUACGCUGAUCAAACCACUGGAUCGCGAGGAGAAGGACACCUUGAAGUUCCUGGUGUCGAUCAGGGAUCGCGUAGAUCCUGAGGGAGAGUCGGAGCGGGAUAAUGUGGUCGAAGUGCCCAUAACCUUCAUCAUUCUCGACCUCAACGACAAUCCGCCAGAGUUUCAGAAUACCCCUUAUGAGGCCGAUGUUAACGAAGAUGCUGCGGUGGGCACGACCAUCUUCGAUAAGAUUCUGGUUAAGGAUCGGGAUAUAGCUGGAGACAGCCUUGAUUUGAAAUGCUUGCCCCAGCAGCAAAGUCCAGAAGCUUGCAGCAAAUUCCGACUGCAUGUGAGCAAGCGUGAGGCCACCGUUCUAGAAGCAGCAGUUGUGCUCAAUGACACGCUGAACUACAACCAGCGGAUGGUCUACCACUUCCAGAUCGAAGCUACCGAUGGGCCGCACAAGACCCAAACAACUUUCGAGGCCAGGGUGAAGGACGUACAGGACAAACCGCCCGUAUUUCAGGGCUCCCUCUCCACGGUGAUCGACGAGGACAGUCCCAUUAACACCUUGGUUCUUACUGUCCAUGCCCGGGAUGGGGACACGGGUGAACCAAGAAGGAUUGUCUAUGACCUGCGAACUAAUCCCAAUGACUACUUUCUGCUGGACGCUCAAUCUGGAGAGUUGCGCACCGCCAAACCGCUAGAUCGAGAAGCUCUGGAGGAUUCCACAGGCAUUAUCUCCCUAUUGAUUCGCGCCCGGGAGCUUGUGAACGGCGUUCCCAGCGAUGAUCCACUGACGAGUGCCACGGCCAAGGCAACGGUGACCAUUAGGGAUGUGAAUGACUCCCCGCCGGUGUUUAACCACAAGGAGUACUCCGUGUCCCUGUUGGAGAACACGCCCCCCGGCACGCCCCUUGCCUUGGACAUGAGCGUCAGCGAUGCUGAUGUGGGCAUCAACUCAAAGUUUGCCCUACGCCUGGACGAUGUAUCCGGAGUAUUCGACGUGGAGCCCAAGUUGGUCACCGGCUACUCGCAGGUUAACAUUCGCGUGGCUAACGGCACUCUGGACUACGAGAAUCCCAACCAGCGCAAGUUUAUCGUGCUGGUGGUGGCCGAGGAGACGGACACCAGCCCACGACUAUCCUCCACGGCAACGAUUACGGUGAGCGUGCUCGAUGCCAACGACAAUAAGCCGGUUUUCGAGCAAGAGAGCUACUCUGCUUCCGUUUCGGAGGCGGCUCUUCCGGGUCAGUACAUAGCCACCAUUACGGCCCGGGAUGUGGACUCCGGCAGCUACGGUGACGCCGGCAUUCGCUACAGCCUGUCCGGAACCGGAGCCGAACUCUUCCAUGUCAACGAGCAGACAGGUGUCAUUAGCCUGGCCAAUUGCCAUGGCCAGGGCGAGAGCAACAGACGCGAGCGACGUGAUCUGAUCGGGGAUGAGAACGAUACAAACGAAAACGAGGAGGACGGUGAGGGUCACCUGGAAAUGCUGUCCAUGGAGGCAGCACCCAGGGAGAUUGGCACCGAGCCCACCGUCCAGUACACGUUAAUCACACAGGCGCCAGAGGAGCGGGCAUCAUCGGUUCCACUCGCAGCUCCAGUUCCACACGCAGCUCCAUCUGGAGUUCCCGCAGCGACUACUAAUGACGACAAGGCACCGCAGACGUGUCUGGACUACGAAUCGGAGACCACGUACUUCUUGUCAUACAAGGCCACUGAUGACAACGGACGUGGUUCGGCUUCUGUUGUGUCCCUCCGGAUCUCCGUGACGGAUGCCAACGACUCGCCGCCCGUCUGCGAGAGUCCACUGUACAGGGCCAGCGUGGAUGAGGGCGCCGUGGUCUUCGACUCCCCGUUGAUUGUCAAGGCAAGGGAUGCGGACACUAUGUCCAGAAUAAGCUACCGAAUCCGGGGCUCCGAGCAGGUUGAGGGCAUCUUUGACAUUGAUCGCGAGACUGGUCAGAUCAGCAUCAGGCCGAACGCAACCCUGGAUGUGACCAAUUUGAAUAGUGACCAGCUCAUCUUCGUUGUGGAGGCCAACGAUGGACUGUUCACGGCCCACUGCGGGGUAAACAUAACAGUGCGGGAUGUCAACAACCAUGUGCCCGGUUUCGAGCAGCAGAGCUACAGUGCUGUUGUCGAGGAGAACUCUGAGAUUGGAACGAGCGUGGAGCGGGUGCAUGCCACCGAUUUGGACACGGGCAAGAAUGCCGAACUGCGCUACCGCAUCCAGCAGGGCAGCUUCGAUGACUUUGGCAUCGACGAACGGACCGGCGAGGUGUUCGUCUCCCGGAAACUGGACUUUGAUCGCCGCAACACGUAUCAGCUGCAGGUUCAGGCCUCUGAUCUGGGUACGCCCAGUCUCACGGGCACAGCCACUCUUACGAUAAAUGUUCAGAAUAGCAAUGACAAAGAUCCGUAUUUCGUGCCGGCCACGCAGCACGCUGAAGUGCGAGCGGAUGCUCCUCCCGGCCAACUGGUAUACACUUUAAUCGCCCUCGAUCCGGAUGUGGCCAGCCAUAAUGCCUUGGAGUUUGCCGCCACCGAUGACAUAACUGCAAUCGAUAAGGAGGGCAAGGAGCUGCCGCAUUAUGAUCAGUUCAAGGAGUACUUUGCGAUUGCCAGAAACGGAAAGGUUUCGGUCAACAAGCAGUUGGAUCGUAAUCUUUUCGCCGUGAUGAGAAUCAAUGUUCUGGUCACGGACAGCACAGCUCCCAAUGUCCAGCAGGGUCGCGGUUUGCUGAUCAUCCAGAUCAUUGAUGUCAACAAGAUUCCUCCGCGCUUCAAUGCGCCUUGGAGUGUGGAGCAGCCGCACAUAAAGCUGCAGAUGGUGGAGGAGCAGCCGGUGGGCACCGUGCUGACCACUCUGCAGGCCACCGACGAGGAUUCCAGCAUUGGAGAAUUCAAUAUUAGUGCCAAUGACUAUUUUGCCAUCAACCAGACCACCGGAGUGAUCUACACCAUUGCCCGUCUCGAUUACGAGUCAGUGAAGGAGGUCAAAUUCCUGGCCACAGUCAGUGAUACGGGUGUGCCCGCUUUAACAGCAACUGCCGAUGUGGUAGUGGAUAUUAUUAACCUGAACGACAAUGACCCAAAGUUCUCUCAGUCCGAUUACUAUUUCAACAUCACUGAGAACUCACCUCGAGGCACUGUGGCGGGAAAAGUGGAGGCCCAAGAUGGAGAUGUGGGCGUCUUUGGGGAGAUCACCUACACACUAAUCGGGGAAAAUAAUAAAUACUUUAGCAUUGAUGCUUAUACGGGCAAUGUGAUGGUGGCCAAUGCCUCGAUUCUGGAUCGCGAGCAGAUCAAGGAGCUGACGCUUUCAGUUGUGGCCCAGGAUAAGGCUCCUGCUACUGUCCAGAAAUCGGCCACGGCAACGAUCCACAUCAACAUUCUUGAUGUCAAUGAUAACGCUCCCGUUUUUACGCGGGAUGUGUAUAACUCCACGGUGGCGGAAAAUGCCGCCUAUCAGCCGCCGGCCGCCUUGCUUCAAGUCCAAGCCAUCGACCAGGAUGAGGGUCUUUUCGGAGAUGUACGCUAUAUUAUCACGGCUGGCAACGAAAUGGCCCUCUUCAAGCUCGACGCUCAGUCGGGCAUUGUUUAUCCAGCGCAGAGUUUGUCCGGGAAACAUGGCGCCUACGAGUUGACCAUAUCGGCACGCGAUACCCAGGGUUCGGGCACCAUGGAGAGCUCAACCAAGGCGAUCAUCACAGUGCUCAGGGUAAAUCGCCACAAGCCGGAGUUUGUGAUACCGGCACUGUCCAAUGCCACCAUUGAGAUACCCGGAGAUAUUGUCGAGCCGGACUAUCUAUUGCUAACCGUUAGGGCAAUGGAUAAUGAUACGGAGGAGAACGGAAAGAUUAGCUACCACUUGCAGGUGAACAACCGAAACGAACAGCAGACCGGGGAGUUCAAGAUCGAUGAGGUGACUGGGGAAUUGCGAGCUAGGACGCAGCUAAACCGCAAGAACCGAGCCAACUACGACAUUAUUCUGGUGGCCCGGGAUGCGGGUAAUCCUCCAUUUGAAUCGUUACGCCUCCUCAGCGUUAGUAUUGUGGAUGCCAAUGAGAACCGUCCGGAGUUUCCAGAUGCCUCCAAUCCGUACAAGGUGUCAAUCAACGAGAACAGCGGCCGGGAUGUGAAAAUUGGACACAUACAAGCUGCCUCGCGGAGCAAGCACAACAGAGAUAUCUUUUACUACAUGCUGUUGGGCAAUGAAGAUGGUGCCUUCUAUGUGGACAAAUUGACCGGAGAUAUUUACACUAACAAGAGCCUUGAUCGCGAAGAAACGGAUGUGUACACUUUGUACAUUCUGGCCAGCAUUAAGGCAGACUUGCACAUCUCGGAAGAGGAACGCGCCGCGUUUUCGAUCAAAACCUUAAAUCGGGAUAACACGGUCGCAAAGGUAGCUAUCACAGUGCUGGAUGUGAACGACAAUCCUCCCGUGUUUGAGAAACCCAUCUACUAUGCGGGAGUGAAUGCCAAUGCCAAGAUGGGCGCAGCUAUCACGUUGGUAAAUGCCACCGAUGCAGAUCAGGGCAAGAAUGCCAAGAUCGAGUUUAUGAUCGUCGCUUCCAAUUUGUACAAGUUUGGAGCCACCAAGGCCACGGGUUCGAUUGUUCCCAGUCCGUUUGCCAUAUCGCAGGAUGGCCGCAUCACAGCCAACACGAUUAUGGCCGAGUACAACCAGGAUCGUUUUGAACUAGAGAUUGUGGCCCGAGAACUGGAGCAACCCCAGCGAUCAGCCAGCACCAAAGUUAAUAUUUGGGUCUUUGAUGGCACUCAGUUGGUCCGUGUUAUCCUUUCUCGUCCGCCGGAAGAGGUAUAUCAAGAGCAAGAGGAGAUCAUUGCCGAGUUACGCAAUGCCACGCAGCAUCGCAUCAUUGUGGACGAGAUUCGUUUCCAUUUGGACUCGAUUGGCCGCAUCCGCAUGGACUGGUGUGAUCUCUACUUCCAUGCCGUCGAUCCUCAGACCCAGCAGAUUGCUCCCGUCGAUGAAAUUCUAAAGGAUAUCGACAGGAACUACGAUUAUCUAAAGGAUUAUUAUGCCGGCUUUGCCAUAGAAAACGUGGUGCCCGCCUAUAUAGCUAUUGUUCAAGAUGAGUUUGAUCUCGCUGUGGCUGGACUGGUAGCCCUGGUCAUUGUCCUUUUUGUGGGCGUCAUUAGCUUCAUUGUCCUGUGCUGCUGCCUGAAGCACUGGAAUCUGUCGGUGCCUGUGGAAACACGUCGCAAGGAGGCCCUGAUCAAGAAACAGAUCAUUGAGGACCUAAACACCACCGAAAAUCCGCUGUGGAUUGAGCAAAAACUAAAACUGUAUGAGGAGCAAGAGCUGACCAUGCAGGUCUUCUCGGAGCCCGAUCACAUUUCCAAUUCUGAGGCGCCUGGCCACCUGGAUCAUCGCAGCUCUCUUGAGCAGGUCCAUCAUGUGGGUCAGUCAGUGGACAACACAUAUGCCACCAUUCAGCCGCGUAAUAAUCAGAAUCGUCUAACUGGCGGCGGUGGAGCCGGCGGUGGUUCAAUGCGCAGCGGUGGUGGUGCCAGUGCCGGAGGAGUGGGUGGUGCUGGUCUGCUGCUGGCCCGCGUUGAUCCACACAUGCAUGAGUUUGCGGACUAUGCCACGCUGCGGAACAAUCGGGCGCCAUCGCUGUACGAGUUCACAGGAUCCACAUUUCAGGCACCCAUUCGGGACGGAGACGAUGCUGUGGCUGAGCUGAUCUAAGCCUGGACGGGAGCUGCUGCCCAAUAAGAUGUGUAAAUUAUGUAGUAGCUGUGUAUCUGUGUAAUAGGCAAGUCCUUGCCGUGGUUUAUUUAAACCGAGUCCGUUCUGUUGCAUCUUUGAGUUCGCCGUUGCGUUUACACCAUCAAUAUUCUAGACACGUACAUAGCACAUGCAAUUACUUAUAGCAAGAGCGUAUAUACAUAGCCUAGUUGUAACUGCUAAGCCAGCGUUUAUCCAGAACUCAAGUAGCCAGGAUGGAGGGUUAGGAGCAGAGACAGAACUACAAGAACCCAUAGAGGAAAUUUUCCCGCAUAAAUAAUGACAAUAAUAUAUAUGUACUAUUAUAUAUUGACAAUGUCUAGCCGUAAUGAAACGAUAUGAAUAUGUAAGAGUUACUAAUGUACAUCUACAUCUGCAUCUAUACAGUUCAGUCCAUUCGAAUACUUCCACGAUAUUAGUUUUAAUGGCGAUCAAAUGCGUCUAAAGCCAGCCUAAGUUGUACCAUUUAAAAGACUAAAUUAUUUGCUCUUCCAAUUCCGUACUAUGUUUAGUUGUGUCGCUAACAUUUAGUUCUUUAGAUCCUAGUUUAAUUAGCCAAACUUGCUCAUACUCAUAAGUUUAUAUUUUAAGUUGAAGAGAAUUGGAAACGUGCAACGAACUAAGUUACUUUUGAACGCUGUUCGAAUCCUCACGGACAGAGCCAGAAACUCAUUGUGUUUGCAUUUACAUUAAACAUAUUAUACAAAUAAGUAAAA